AUGAGCUGCGAGGUACACUACGACGCCGCUUCGCGGACUUGGUUUGGACCGCGGGGCAAGGACUUUUACGGUCCGGAGAUGACCCUGGGCGAGGUCAUCAUGCGCGUGCUACAGAUCAAUGCCGACCAGGUGAUGCAGCACUGCGAUCCUACGGGCCAGGAGCUCACCGGCAGCCAGCUGGCCCAGCAGAGCGCCCGCCUCGCUCAGGCCUUCAAGCGGCUGGGAUUGCGGCGGGGCGAUGUCGUCGGCAUCUCGGCCAACAACUCCACCUACCUGACCAGCGUGGUUAUCGCGGCUUUGCUAAGGGGCAUCCCUAUCAACCCACUGCAUCCGGAAUUCACAGAGGAGACUGUCAAGUAUAUGUAUGACAUCACUGAGCCCAAGCUCAUCUUUUGCGAUGUGGAGAACUAUCACAUAAUAAAGUCCGUCAACGAGAGAUUGAUCAACCCUGCCAGGAUAUAUCUGGUCAAUGGACAACUAGAAGGAGUGCUAGACAUAAGUGUCCUGCUCAAUGAUGAUGAAUCUAUUACGGCUGCAGCCUAUGUUCCCUGUCCAAAGUUGCAUGGAGAUCAUACGGCCUUUAUUGUCUGUUCUUCGGGGACUACGGGAAUGCCCAAGGGUGUGACACGAUCCCAUCGAAGUCUGCUCUGCAAUUGCAAAAAUCCCAACACCUACACCAGGGACAGCAUACUGCUCUCGUUCAGUCCCCUCUACUGGAUAUCGGGAACUAUAAUCCUGCUGGCCUCCCUCCUCAACGGCUGCCGUCGCAUUAUCACCAACAGGCCCUACAGCGUGGAGUAUCUUCUGCAGUUGGUGGCCAGUCACAAGGUGACCUUCCUCUUUCUGGCCUCGCACCAAAUAGCCCUGCUCUCCAAACACGAUUGCGAUCUUAUGGAGCUGAAGGCCCAGCUCAGCUCUGUAAGGGUGCUGAUCGGAGCUGGCUCCAAGGUGUGCAAGGCAGUCUCCCGGCGGAUGUACGAACUGAUUGGAAACCAACGAUUCAUCGUGGGCUACGGCCUCUCGGAAAUGGGAGGGCUGAGCAAAAAUGUGGGCGGUCCGGUGGGCUGCGAGGGCAAGGUCAUGCGGAAUGUGGAGCUGCGUGUCCUGGACAAAUUGAAGAUGCCGCUGGGAAUUAAUGAAGUGGGCAUAAUAUACGCCCGUUUGCGAUACAAGUGGGAGGGCUAUUACCGGAAUCCGGAGGCCACCAGGAGAGCCCUCAGCUCGGAUGGACUGUGGUUCCGCACCGGCGACAUUGGUUACCUGGACAGCGAGGGCUACCUAUACAUCCAGACGCGUGAUACCGAUGUCUUCAAGUUUAACAACUUCCAGAUCUAUCCCGAGCAGAUAGAGGAGUUCAUCCUCAGACUACCGGGCGUUAGUGAGGCCUGUGUCUUUGGCAUUCCGGAUCAGGUGUCCACCAACCUCACGGCCUGCGCUGUUGUGAGAACCAAAAGCCUGGAGGGUGAGCGCCUGCAGGCGGAACAAAUCCGGAGCAUUGUGGAGCGGCACUUGAGUGGGGCCUAUCACAUUCGGGGAGGUAUUUAUUUUAUAGAUAGCCUGCCAAAAACCCCCAAUGACAAACUGCAAAGGCGCAAGGUGCUGGGACUUGUGCAAGAAUUGGGAAUAAAAGCUCAAUAAAGCGGACUCUUUGGGUUUAAGGCAUUAAGAAUAUUUCAAUUAGA